AUGGAAGUAAUGCAGUUCAGCAAGGAGGAAGUUCGGGAAAUUUUGAGGUUGCUUGCUGGUAUAUUGCAUCUUGGGAACAUAGAAUUUAUCACUGCUGGUGGGGCGCAGGUUUCUUUCAAAACAGCUCUGGGCAGGUCUGCAGAGUUACUUGGGCUGGACUCGACGCAGCUCACGGACACGCUGACCCAGAGAUCGAUGGUCCUCAGGGGGGAAGUGAUCCUCACACCUCUCAGCAUCCAGCAGGCGGUGGACAGCAGGGACUCCUUGGCCAUGGCACUUUAUGCACGCUGCUUCGAGUGGGUGAUUAAGAAGAUCAACAGCAGGAUCAAAGGCACAGAUGACUUUAAAUCCAUUGGUAUUCUGGACAUCUUUGGAUUCGAAAACUUCGAGGUUAAUCACUUUGAGCAGUUUAAUAUAAACUAUGCAAACGAGAAACUUCAGGAAUAUUUCAACAAGCAUAUUUUUUCUUUAGAGCAACUAGAAUAUAGCAGAGAAGGGCUAGUGUGGGAAGAAAUGGACUGGUUAGACAAUGGAGAAUGCCUGGACUUGAUUGAGAAGAAACUUGGUCUCCUGGCUCUCAUCAAUGAAGAAAGCCAUUUUCCUCAAGCCACAGACAGCACCCUACUCGGGAAGUUACACAGUCAGCAUGCUAACAACCACUUUUACGUGAAGCCCAGAGUUGCAGUCAACAAUUUUGGAGUGAAACACUAUGCUGGAGAGGUGCACUACGAUGUCCGGGGAUUCUUGGAGAAGAACAGAGAUACCUUUAGAGAUGACCUUCUCAACCUGCUGAGGGAGAGCCGAUUCGACUUUGUCUAUGACCUAUUUGAGCACGUUUCAAGCCGCAAUAACCAGGACACCCUGAAAUACGGAAGCAAACACCGGCGGCCCACCGUCAGUUCACAAUUCAAGGACUCGCUGCAUUCCUUAAUGGGCACGCUAAGCUCCUCAAAUCCUUUCUUUGUUCGCUGUAUCAAGCCAAACAUGCAGAAGAUGCCAGACCAGUUUGACCAGGUGGUUGUACUCAACCAGCUGCGAUACUCCGGGGUGCUGGAGACAGUGAAGAUCCGGAAAGCUGGGUACGCUGUCCGAAGACCCUUUCAGGAUUUCUACAAAAGGUAUAAAAUGCUGAUGCGGAACCUGAGUCCACCUGAGGACGUGAGAGGGAAAUGUAGUGUUCUCCUGCAGUUCUACGACACUUCCAACAGCGAAUGGCAGCUGGGAAAGACCAAGGUCUUCCUUCGCGAGUCCUUGGAGCAGAAGUUGGAGAAGCAGCGGGAGGAGGAGGUGACCAGGGCGGCUAUGGUGAUCCGAGCGCACUUCUUGGGCUACCUAGCGCGAAAGCAGUACAGGAAGAUCCUUUGCUGCACUGUGAUCAUCCAGAAGAAUUUCAGAGCCUUCCUUCAGAGGAGGAGAUUUUUGCUCCUGAAAAAAGCCACCAUCAGUUUCCAGAAGCAGCUGAGAGGUCAGCUUGCCCGGAAAGCAUACAAGCAGCUGCUUGCUGAGAAACGGAACCGGGAAGCACAACAGAUGCUAGCGGAAGAACAGAGGAAACGGGAGGAGGAAGAAAGAGAAAAGAAGAGCAUGCACCAAGAAGUGGAGAUCUGCACCCAGCAGGAGGAGGCGACCCAGAAGCAGCAGGAGCUAGGAGCCUUGCAGCCGUGCAGGGCUCUGGAGAAGGAGACGGAGAACAAACAGGUAGAAGACAUCCUGCGGCUGGAGAAGGAGAUUGAGGACCUGCAGCGCAUGAAGGAGCAGCAGGAGCUGUCGCUGACAGAGGCCUCACUGCAGAAACUGCAGCAGCUGCGCGACGAGGAGCUCAAGCGGCUGGAAGACGAGGCCUGCCGCGCUGCCCAUGAGUUCCUAGAGUCUCUCAACUUCGAUGAGAUCGAUGAGUGUGUGCGCAACAUCGAGCGCUCCCUGUCAGUGGGCAGCGGCUUCAGCGAGCUGGCGGAGAGCGCAGGUGAGGAGAAGCCCAACUUCAACUUCAGCCAGCCCUACCCGGAGGAGGAAGUGGAUGAGGGCUUCGAGGCAGACGACGAUGCCUUCAAGGACUCCCCCAACCCCAGUGAGCAUGGCCACUCGGACCAGAGGACCAGUGGCAUCCGAACCAGCGACGACUCUUCCGAGGAAGACCCCUACAUGAACGAAACCGUGGUGCCCACCAGCCCCAGCGCAGACAGCACUGUGCAACUCACCCCAGCCAGCCCAGACUCCAUCAGCCUGCAAAACUCAUCCAGCGGGGAGUCCACCUACUGCAUGCCCCAGAGUCCUGGGGACCUGCCCUCCCUGGACGGGGACUAUGACUGUGACCAGGACGAUUACGAAGAUGGCGCCAUGACCUCCGGCAGCAGCGUGACCUUCUCCAAUUCCUGCAGCAGCCAGUGGUCCCCAGACUACCGCUGCUCCGUGGGAACUUACAACAGCUCCAGCGCAUACCGGUUCAGCUCUGAAGGAGCCCAGUCCUCGUUAGAAGACAGUGAAGAAGACUUCGACUCUCGGUUUGAUACGGAUGAUGAGCUGUCUUACCGGCGGGAUUCCGUAUACAGUUGUGUCACGCUACCCUAUUUCCACAGCUUCCUGUGCAUGAAAGGUGGCUUGAUGAACUCCUGGAAACGCCGCUGGUGCGUCCUCAAAGAUGAGACCUUCCUGUGGUUCCGCUCCAAGCAGGAGGCCCUAAAGCAAGGAUGGCUCCACAAAAAAGGUGGGGGCUCCUCCACACUGUCCCGGAGGAACUGGAAGAAGCGCUGGUUUGUCCUCCGGCAGUCCAAGCUGAUGUACUUUGAAAACGACAGCGAGGAGAAGCUAAAGGGCACCGUGGAAGUGCGGACGGCCAAGGAGAUCAUCGAUAACACCAACAAAGAGAAUGGGAUCGACAUCAUCAUGGCUGACCGCACCUUCCACCUGAUCGCCGAGUCCCCCGAAGAUGCCAGCCAGUGGUUCAGUGUGCUGAGCCAGGUGCACGCAUCUACAGACCAGGAGAUCCGGGAGAUGCACGACGAACAGGCGAACCCCCAGAAUGCCGUGGGCACUUUGGAUGUGGGACUCAUUGAUUCUGUGUGUGCAUCUGACAGUCCAGAUAGACCCAACUCGUUCGUGAUCAUCACAGCCAACCGCGUCCUUCAUUGCAACGCGGACACGCCGGAGGAGAUGCACCACUGGAUUGCACUGCUGCAACGGUCCAAGGGAGACACCAGGGUCGAGGGCCAGGAGUUCAUCGUCCGAGGCUGGCUGCACAAAGAAGUCAAGAACAACCCGAAGAUGUCUUCGCUGAAGUUGAAGAAGCGCUGGUUUGUGCUAACCCACAAUUCCUUGGAUUACUACAAGAGCUCAGAGAAGAACGCAGUGAAAUUGGGCACCUUGGUCCUCAACAGCCUCUGCUCGGUUGUCCCCCCAGACGAGAAGAUAUUCAAGGAGACAGGCUACUGGAACGUCACAGUGUAUGGCCGCAAGCACUGUUACCGCCUCUACACCAAGCUGCUGAACGAAGCUACCAGGUGGUCAAGUGCCAUUCAAAAUGUGACCGACACCAAGGCCCCGAUCGACACCCCCACCCAACAGCUGAUCCAAGACAUCAAGGAGAACUGUCUAAAUGUAGAUGUGGUGGAGCAAAUUUACAAGCGGAACCCCAUCCUGCGUUACACCCACCACCCCCUGCAUUCUCCACUCCUGCCCCUGCCCUACGGAGACAUAAAUCUAAACCUACUCAAAGACAAAGGCUAUACAACCCUUCAGGAUGAAGCCAUCAAGAUCUUCAAUUCCCUUCAGCAGCUGGAAUCCACAUCUGACCCCAUUCCCAUCAUCCAGGGCGUCCUGCAGACAGGCCACGACCUCCGCCCGCUGCGAGAUGAACUCUACUGCCAGCUCGUCAAACAGACCAACAAAGUGCCCCAUCCGGGCAGCGUGGGCAACCUGUACAGCUGGCAGAUCCUGACGUGCCUGAGCUGUAGCUAUCUCCCCAGCCGACACAUCCUCAAAUACCUCAAGUUCCACCUGAAGAGGAUACGGGAACAGUUUCCAGGAACGGAGAUGGAAAAAUAUGCCCUCUUCAUCUACGAAUCUCUUAAGAAAACCAAAUGCAGAGAGUUUGUGCCUUCCAGAGAUGAAAUCGAAGCACUGAUCCAUAGGCAGGAAAUGACAUCCACGGUGUAUUGCUAUGGUGGGGGCUCCUGCAAGAUCACCAUCAACUCGCACACCACGGCCGGCGAGGUAGUGGAGAAGCUGAUCCGAGGUCUGGCCAUGGAGGAUAGCAGGAACAUGUUCGCCUUGUUCGAACACAACGGACAUCUAGACAAAGCCAUCGAAAGCCGAACCAUCGUGGCUGACGUGCUAGCCAAGUUUGAAAAGCUGGCGGCCACCUCAGAAGCGGGAGACAUGCCGUGGAAAUUCUACUUCAAACUUUACUGCUUCCUGGACACAGAUAACGUGCCCAAAGACAGCGUGGAGUUUGCGUUUAUGUUUGAACAGGCCCACGAGGCGGUCAUCCACGGCCACUACCCGGCCCCGGAGGAGAACCUGCAGGUGUUGGCUGCCUUGCGUCUCCAGUACCUGCAGGGAGAUUACAGCCUGCACACCACGGUCCCGGCUCUGGAAGAGGUGUACUCCCUGCACAGGCUCAAGGCCCGAAUCAGCCAGGCCACCAAGAGCUUCACUCCCGGCGAGCGGCUGGAGAAGAGGCGGACCAGCUUCCUGGAGGGGACACUGAGGCGGAGCUUCCGCACUGGCUCUGUCCACAGGCAGAAGCUGGAGGAGGAGCAGAUGCUGGACAUGUGGGUGAAGGAGGAGGUGUCGUCUGCACGAGCCAGCAUCAUUGACAAGUGGAAAAAGUUCCAGGGCAUGAAACAGGAGCAGGCCAUGGCCAAGUACAUGGCUGUCAUCAAGGAGUGGCCCGGGUACGGGUCCACGCUCUUCGAUGUGGAGUGCAAGGAAGGCGGCUUCCCCCAGGAGCUCUGGCUGGGCGUCAGCGCGGAUGCUGUUUCCGUCUACAAGCGAGGGGAGGGGAAGCCGUUGGAAGUCUUUCAGUACGAGCACAUCCUCUCGUUCGGGGCCCCGCUGGCCAACACGUAUAAGAUCGUGGUGGACGAACGGGAGCUACUGUUUGAAACCAGUGAGGUGGUGGAUGUGGCCAAGCUCAUGAAAGCCUACAUCAGCAUGAUCGUGAAGAAGCGCUAUAGCACAACACGCUCCGUGAGCAGCCAGGGAAGCUCCAGGUGA